AUGUCCUCCCUCGAGCUCAUCAACCCGCGCGCCGAGAGCGUUCGCCGCACCCAGGCCCUCCAGGUCAACACUGCUGGUGCUGUCGGUCUUGCCGGUGUCGUCAAGAGCAACCUCGGCCCUCGCGGUACCAUUAAGAUGCUUGUCGACGGUUCGGGCCAGAUCAAGAUGACCAAGGACGGCAAGGUCCUCCUCUCGGAGAUGCAGAUCCAGAACCCUACCGCCGCCAUGAUUGCCCGGACUGCUGUCGCCCAGGACGAGCAGGUCGGUGACGGCACCACCUCGGUUGUCCUCCUUGUCGGCGAGCUUCUCAAGCAGGCCGACCGCUACAUCUCCGAGGGCGUCCACCCUCGCGUCAUUGGCGAGGGCUUUGACCUUGCCAAGAAGGAGGCUCUUUCGUUCCUCGACUCAUUCAAGCAGACUCCCGUCCUUGACCGUGCCAACCUCAUCCAGGUCGGCCUUACUUCGCUCUCGACCAAGCUCCACGCCAAGCUUGCCCAGAAGCUCGCCGCUGACUGUGUCGACGCCGUCCUUGCCAUCCAGCCCCCCGUGCCCGCCGCGGAUGCCACUGGCGCCGCCGCCUACCGCGAGCCCAUUGACCUGCACAUGAUCGAGAUUAUGAAGAUGCAGCACCGCACCGACACCGACACCCAGCUCGUCAAGGGUCUCGUCAUGGACCACGGUGCCCGCCACCCCGACAUGCCCAAGCGUGUCGAGAACGCCUACGUCCUUACCCUGAACGUCUCGCUCGAGUACGAGAAGACCGAGGUCAACUCUGGCUUCUUCUACUCGUCGGCUGACCAGCGUGAAAAGCUCGUCGAGUCGGAGCGCAGGUUUCUGGACGAGAAGCUCAAGAAGAUUGUGGAGCUGAAGAAUGCCGUUUGCGACGUUGCCCUCGGCUCGGACGAGAAGCCCAAGGGCUUUGUCAUUAUCAACCAGAAGGGUAUCGACCCCAUGUCGCUCGACGUCCUUGCCAAGAACGGCAUCCUCGCCCUUCGUCGUGCCAAGAGGAGAAACAUGGAGCGCUUGCAGCUGGCGUGCGGCGGUGUUGCGCAGAACUCGGUCGACGACCUCACCCCGGACGUUCUCGGUUGGGCCGGUCUUGUGUACGAGCACACUCUCGGCGAGGAGAAGUACACCUUUGUUGAGGACGUCAAGGAGCCCAAGAGUGUCACCAUGCUCAUCAAGGGCCCCAACGCCCACACCAUGGCUCAGAUCCAGGACGCGCUCCGUGACGGCUUCCGCGCAGUCAAGAACGCUAUUGAGGACAAGUGUGUUAUUCCCGGUGCUGGCGCCUUUGAGAUUGCCUGCUCGCAGCACCUGCAGACCGCGCUCAAGGCCACUGCCAAGGGCCGCGUGAAGCUCGGUGUGCUGGCGUUCGCCGAGGCGCUCCUCAUCAUCCCGAAGACUCUGGCGGCCAACGGCGGCUUUGACGUGCAGGACGCCAUUGUCGGCCUGCAGCAGGAGGCCGAGGAGACCGACGACCCCGUCGGCCUCGACCUGCGUUCCGGCGAGCCCAUGAACCCCAUCACCGAGGGUGUCUGGGACAACUACCGCGUCAAGAGGCAGAUGCUCCACUCUUGCUCGGUCAUUGCCGUCAACCUCCUCGGCACCGACGAGAUCCUCCGCGCCGGCAGGUCAUCGUUGAAGCCGGACGCCAACGGCAUGUAA